CCAGCCAGUUCGCCCGUCCGGAGCCCGGCUCGCAGGGGCAGCAUGGCGGGGUCGCCACUGCUCCGCGGGCCGCGGGCCGGGGGCGUCGGCCUUUUGGUGCUGCUGCUGCUGGGCCUUCUUCUGUUGCCCCCCGCGCUUUGCGCGCGGCCGGUAAAGGAGCCCCGCAGCCUGAGUGCAGCGUCGCCGCCGAUGACUGAGGCUGGCACUCCCCGCCGCUUCCGUCGGUCGGUGCCCCGAGGAGAGGCGGCGGGUGCGGUGCAGGAGCUGGCGCGGGCGCUGGCGCACCUGCUGGAAGCGGAGCGUCAGGAGCGGGCUCGGGCCGAGGCUCAGGAGGCUGAGGAUCAGCAGGCGCGAGUUCUGGCGCAGCUGCUCCGCGUCUGGGGCUCUCCCCGUGCCUCUGACCCGCCACUCGGCCUGGACGACGACCCCGACGCGCCCGCCGCGCAGCUUGCCCGCGCUUUGCUUCGCGCUCGCCUUGACCCUGCCGCCCUCGCAGCCCAGCUUGUCCCCGCGCCGGCACCCGCCGCUGCAUUUCGUCCCCGGCCUCCAGUCUAUGACGACGGCCCCACUGGCCCGGAUGCCGAGGACACUGGAGAGGAGACACCUGAUGUGGACCCGGAGCUACUGAGGUACUUGCUGGGGCGGAUCCUCACUGGAAGCCCAGAGCCCGAGGCUGCGGCUGCUGUCCCGCGCCGCCUCCGCCGCGCGGCAGACCAGGAUCUGGGCCCAGAGGCGCCGCCUGAGGGUGUACUGGGGGCACUGCUGCGCGUGAAACGCCUGGAGAACCCCCAGCCCCAGGCGCCUGCGCGCCGCCUCCUGCCGCCCUGAGCUCAGCCCACAACCUGUGUCUUGGAACCCAGGAGUGCCCCAGCCACCUGGACACAGGACUCACCCUGCCAGCACGUUGAGCAGCUUACUCCUCCAACCCCAAGAUCCCCACCCUGGCCCUACAAUAAACAGGAUCUGAAGCAGU